GCAUAUCGGGAUAUUUCCUGUACUUCAAUGGGCUGAAUAGUGCUAGUUGGUCAUUUUACUGCAAGACAUUGGUUAGAUUGAAAUCAGAAUUCAGAGACGAUUUUAUCCUGGAAGAUCCUGAUACAGCUUGUAUGCCAAAUCUCAAGUAUCUCCAUCAUGGGUAGAUUGAAUUUUCAGACAAUGGAUCGGUUCAAAGGCUCUUCUCUCGGUGCUGCAUGCUUGAGGAAUUGGUCGUACAAUGUUGUAGAUUGGAAGAUACAAGAAAAUUCGGUGUUUCUGAUUAACGCACCAAGUCUUGUCUACUUUGAGAACUUUGAUUUGGUAGCAAAACACUAUUCAUUGGUAAGCCUGCAGUCUCUUACUGAAGCCCUAAUUGAUAUUGGACCAAAAAUUUUUUCCUUCUUCCAUCACACUGCUGCAGCAGAUCUGCUGAGAGGAGUUAGUACCAUUCAGUCACUACAUUUUGGUAGUAGGUUUUCGAUGUUAUGUGUUUUUGCAUUGUUUUGAUCUUCUCAUUUUCAAAACAUGAAAUAAGAUUUAUUGAUAUUGCAUAAAAUUCUCCUUCUCAUUUGCAGGCUUAUGGACUUCAUCAAGUUCCCAAGUUCCCUAACUUGACUUAUCUAAAGUUAAAUACUUCCUACUUUUGUGACUGGGAAAGCAUACCUGGUAGUUCUCCCUGUCU